AUGUCAAACUUUGGGUACGGCGAUGCCCUACCGACGCGUCGUCCGCACUCAGCGCAACUGCACACCGGCCGUGUAAUGGCAGACGGCAGCUAUGGCGCCAUACCAAAAGCAAACCGACUGCCUUUCUACACCUUUGAUCCUGCAACGCUGAUGGAUCAGUCCAUCGAGACACAGCUGCAACGCCUUUACAAAGGGCCGGAGUUCGACGCCAGCCCUGCCCAUCGCUUCCAGAAUAACCUCUCACGGACUUACAGCGUUCAUCCUGCUUACACAACUCGCAGCGCGGCGCGGUCACCGCAUCCGCCCUCCCAUGGAGGCGUCCGACCUUUUUAUGCGUACGGCCGCUUGCCGAGAAACGGAAGAGCAAAACUGCGUCGUCCGAACUCUUCGUCCUUGCCCUCGCCCUCAUCCGCGCAGCGCACGCCUUCUGCGUCUUCGGCAGCCUUUCGUGGCGUUCUGUCUCGCCAGAAGGGCUGGCGGAGUCGCCACCGGCGCGAGGACGAAGCGGUGGAAGACGGCCUCGAGUCAAUGCAAAACCUGGUCGGACUGGAUGGAUACUUCGUGGAGCGGCCACACUUCUCCUAUCAACCCCUGUCGUCCAGCAACGUGGUGGCUGGGAUCACAACGGCGAUGCUCGAGCGCAACCGAGGAGGUGCUUCUAAUGGACUCCCGCGAAGCAGAGCACACGCUGUGACAUCGGCGUUUUCCCGCUCCCCCAUUGGCGCGCUCCCGCUGGCACAGGAGAGGCAGACGGCGUUCACUGCUGCGGAUGUCGUUGGGCUUAACUCGCACCACAGGCCGGCACUCGCGUCCCCCACCGCACACGCCGUGCUCCAAGGGAGGUCCUCGGCCUCUCACCCUCCCGCGAACACGGCAGAGUUAGCUCCGCCGCCUGCCACAACCGGUCGCGACAAGGAUGAUGGCAGCUGGGACAAUGGGGCAAGGCCCUCCACUGCUCCGUCGUCCAUCACAGCCCUUACUUCUUUACGCAGCAGCACUUCCGACUGUUCUAAUGAGGGUGAGGAGGACGUCUUCUUUGACGAGGACCCUCUCAGCGCACGCCCGACGCAGGGCGAGACCGCGUUCUCCGCGAACUCACCGAAGAUGCGGGAGACGGCGCAGCCAGCACCCGUCACGCAUUUCCCAACAGCAACAACGACCACCGCCCAGGGUGCGCAGAGAAGCCACGGCACACUCCCCAAAAUGCAGGACAAAAAGCCUCUGCCGAUGUCAUCACGCGAUGUUGCGUCCACUGCUCUCACGGCUGCACGAGCGUCUCCUUUAGGUGCUGCCGCACGUGAUGUGGGGGAAGGCCGUACAAUCCGAAAGACCGAGGAGCGGUCCCCUCUUGCGCCGUCCCAUACGACGCCCACUAUCACCGUGGAGUUGGACACCUUAGCCCAGUACCCGCGCCGACGCUCCGUUGAUGCCCUUCUCAAGCACCUGUUGCAGCUUCGUCUGCAGCACCAGCGCACGUCCCGCGCCACCGGGAAGUGUCCCUCCCCGGCAGUCACGUCGUCCUCCAACAGCACCCGAGAUGCGCGGGCUCGACGAGGGGGAAGCCGUCACGUGCCGACGCAACGCCCGCCGGCGUCGGGCAGCAGAAAGCCCGCCUCUUCCCAGCGGUUCCCCCGUCAGUCGCCUAGAAAGGACGUGCGCGACUCUUUUUAUUUUGAAAAGGAGGCAAACGACAGAUUUAACGACAGCAAUGCCAGCGCUGAUGACGGCGACGAUGUGUACGUGCACUUCUACCGCCGCCACCGCCGGUGCGAGUGCUGUGAAGUGCCGGUGCCGCGUGCAGUACGACUGCCGCAGCCGCCCGCACCACCGCCGCGGUCCGGCACGACGGUAGAGGAGGGCCGUCCUCGGCGCGGUCGUCGCUGGCCAGCCGCAGCGUCGAUGUCGGCGUCCUCGCCGAACCCUCUGCCCUGCAAGGAGGCCUCUCCUUGUCCUGUAUUACCUAAUGCACCGCCGUCGAGUGAGUCUUCCGCGCGGCCUGCGUCGUCGCGAUACCCCUGUCGUGCGGAGGCCGAACAGUACGAGGAGGAGGAUGACGUUGAUGUGCGAGAGGAUCAGCAGUCGCCUCCGCUUUCCGCCUCCAUCGAGCGCCAGUUGCUGCGCCUCAUCGCACGGCAAGAUGAGAACCGUAGUGCGGACCGCGCCCGUCACACGAUGCAGGUGCUGCGAACUGUCUUAGAAGGUCUUCAGCACGCUGCGGAAUGGAGUGAAGUUGGUUUGGCAAGUACUGAAGGUGAUCGCAACAACAUCAAUAUGAACAUCAGCAGGAGCCGUGGCAAAACAUCGCAUACGGAGGAGGAGGAGGAGACGUCAAAAGGGGUGGAACCGGAGAACGCGGCAGCGGACGAUGCUCUGCACAAAGAGCUUCUUCGUCUCCUUUGGAACAAUGGACACAGUCCGCCAACGAUGCAUGCGUACUCGAAGGAAUCAGCGUCACUUGACCCCCUCCAGUGGCUCCACGGUGGUACGAUGUUGCCGCGGCCCACUCCGUACGCGACGAGUGAGCGGCUCUAUCCCUACAACAUCCCGCACCCACCACGACCAGACGCGUCGAUGGAGACGAUGCCUGGUACUGCUGGGGCGCCGCAGGAGACCGCCGAUCAUCAGGAGCUGCCGACGGACGAGGAGGGGAAAAGACCAGCAGCGCACGCGGCACAAUUUCCGACUCACAGCGAGGAAUCAACCAGUGCGGAGGAGCCCAAGGUCGGUGCAGCGAGAACUGUGGCGUUCGGCGAGGCCCCUGGUGCUCCCCCGCCGUCGGCGCCACCACGCCCAAUGGAGGACAAAAGCGUGCAGACGAGGCUUCCUAGCACGCAGCGCAUCUCCGUCGGUGAGGCGGUAGAGAAGAGGUCAAGUGUGGCGCAAACGGUGGCACCCGUGUUAGCUGCGCCGACAAACAGUUUUCACCCCGCAGAAGUCGAGCAGAAGGAAGAGCCGCGUGUAUUCACGUUGCCGCCUGAAAUCCCUGCAAAGGAAGGCGAAGUGGAGGAAAUUACCGUGCUUGCACCGACGGCGGCUGCAACGGAGGUGAAAAGGAGGCAGCAUCAACCUACCACGGACCCAGACGUCCAAGCGGCGUUGCACACGUCUUUGCAGGAGAUGCAGCUGCAGCUGCUCAUGGAUAUGGAAUCUGCGCUGCGUGUGCAGCUGGCCAGAGACGAGACGAACGCCAGACGCGAAAUUGCUCUCGACCAGCUGCGUCACGCAGAGGCGGUGGAGCGCUGGUCCAUCUGCACUGCGGAGUCGAAGGAGCACUCGCCUCUUCUGUGGGAUGGUCGGUACGGCCGUGACCGCCUGCUGAUGAUGGAACUGGCACUCAAUGAGUGGUCAAGGGCGUUAGAAGAGGAGUAUGAUGCACGCACACAGAUGAUGGCGGAGGCCACGACCGAAGCAGCAGCGCUAAAACAGAGAAGCGAGACGGCGGCACGCGAGCGAGAGCUGGUCAACGAGUUACUGUACGAGGAGGCCCGUUUGCGACACUCCAUUGAUUUCACCGAGGCCCUCGUGCGUACCGAGUUGCAGCCCAGCAUCUGCGACUACGAGGAGAGAUACGCCCGCGAAGAAAUCGGCUGCGUGGAAGCGGUGGCGUGGCUCGCGAUGCAACGCAACUUAUUGAUGAGCGCACCACAAACAAUGCUGAAGUCGCCGUCUUCGAUGGGUGGCACGAUGCACGACUUGAGUGGAAGUGCAAAGCUCGCGGCAGCCAGCUCCGACGUCGCAACCCCUGCGAGUCAGUCCCACCUGCAACAGAACGCAGCGUCGGUGUACGAGACGGAGGUGUCUUUGACAGUCGCAGCCGAGCACGAGCAGCGCAGGGAAGGGAAAAAGGUACCCGCUGCAGGGAAUUCAACGCACGCGGGCUUUUCGAAAAGCAGAGCCCCUCCCUUCCUCUCGCCGGCGCUGCUGGUGCGUAGUGAAAGCGAAGGAAACGAAGGAAGCACAGCCACGCCCCUUUCCAGCGCAGAUGGGCAACGGUCGGCGGACGCGAGUGAAAAAGACAAAGCAGCUGCGGGAAGCCACCUCCACUCGAGCCAGUCGGCUGUCACGGCGGCAGCAGCAGUCCCCGACUCCCUGUCGAACGCGUCCACGAUGUUCGAUGCGCUAGUGUUCGGCUUUGGUGUGGGGCAUCCCGUGCGAGAAGCAUCCCUUGAAAUUGUCGAAGCUCCUGCAGCACCGACAACGAAUGUUGCCGUAGCUGAGGAUCUCCGAGAGAUGAAGGUGUUGUCUUCACCCUUUGCAACGCCACAACCGCCCCACCCUGAAGCACCCCGGGAGCCCAACGAAGAUGCAAUGGAGGAAAUCACAACGAGAGAAGCGUCAAUGAGUGACGGAAGCAAUGCAGCUCGACGCGUUGCGUUGGAGACUGGCUUCGAGGCAGCGACAGAAGUCCUUGAGGCGAGAGGCGUAACUAAUAAGCCAACGGAUACGAGUUCGCCGAAGUGCCUCACGGAUGAUGCGUCCGCCACACUCCACGCCGAGGCACUGGCACCAACGGAGGAGCUGCAGGGAUCAACGGAAGCUGCCAGCGCACCGGAAACGACGGCCGAACAAGGCGCUCCCAACGCUGCAAAGCCUCUUACGGCAGGCGGUAGAAGCCCCGUCGUUUCUCCGUUGAAGCAUCUCGCAGUCCUUCCCUCUUCCGCUGCGGUAGAGGACCCCACUACUGAGGUGCAUCAGCACAGCAACGUCGUCGCGGCAGCAACAGCGCCACAAGCAGCUGGCCUAUUGAGCGACGCAAGCACGGACAGCAAAAGCGACUCCUCGCACGCGUCGUCUUCCAACGGUCGCAGGCGCCGUCAACGGGGAGCGACGCGCCACCGCGCCGCCGUGGCAGACGCCAUUGAGAUCGAGGAGGCCGGGGAGACGCGCGGGUUAGAUGAGGCGGGGAGGGACAACGUGGAUACCGAAGCGUUGGAGCGCACCCCUACCACCAUUUUCUCACCCGAUGCUGGCUCAGCAACCAAUCAUCAAAAAAUAGUCAUUCCACCACUGUGGCGGGAGACGGCGGAGUCUUCCGGGGCUCCGCAAACGCUGACGUUCCACAGUGGCCUCAAUUCAAGUGACAUGAACAGCGAAGACGAGAAAGGAGACCUCCGUGCGCGACGAGAGGGCGACGGGGAGGAUAAGAAGAGCUCUCCAUCGAACAGCUCCGACUCCGACUCAAAGGACGAGUCACACAGCGCGAAGGCACGCUCAGACGUGGAAAAAGGCGAGGGAGGGGAUGAUGAUGAUGAUGAUGAUGAUGAUGAUGAUGAGGCGCAGGAGGACUCCGACACAGCGCGGUCGGGAGAUGACGACAAUAACGCGGCCUUUACGGCCGACGGCUUAGCUCGUGUUGGAAAGGUUGCGUUCUCUGUAUCAAACACGGAGGUCGAGAAGGACAAGAAGGACGGCGGUGUCGCUUCCACCUCGGGGCUCCCGGCAGAGAACAUGAACCGCGAAUCGUCGACGGACAAUCGGAUCUUUCUCAGUCCAUUGUCCACCCGCAGCGACGUCAACACGCCGCACGUCGGCAGCCAGGACGACUACUCCUACUGCAGCACCCCCGCCGGCGCCAAACGGUCGUUGGAGGAAAACGCAAAAGCCGCCGUCGCUGUUGAGCACGACGGACCCAACCGCAACGCCUUCCGCAAGGAUCGCGUUCAGAUGCCGACAGUGCUUGCGCCGUCGCAACAAACAUUCGGGCAGGUGCCCCACGGGGGUUACCACCAGCACAAUAACGACCAUGAAGACGCGUCGAUGCCGUCGCUUUCGGAGUCCUCGCUGUCCAGUCCGCAUUUGCGCGACCAGGAUGAAGCAGAAGAAGGUGAGCACGAUGAAGAGCAGGCGCAAGAGGACGAGGACGAGGACGAAGAGGCAGAGGAGGCAGAGGCGGGCGUGGACGGCCGCAGCGGAGGCAACAACAACGAAGUGGCGUCGACUUCCGCGAUACCCGAGGCUGCGUGGAACAGCGGAAGCAUCGAGAUUAACGAUUGUCGCAGGAAGUCGAGUUGCACCGGGAAGGACGAACUGACGCUGAUGCACGAGCGCAUAGUUGCUAUGAAAAAAGUGGGACCGGAGCUUGCGCCGGAGGCGAACAAAGGAGACAACAGUAUGAAGGUAGGUCACGGUUUCACGACGAGCGGCGAUAGGCCGCAGAUGUCUUUUGAUAGUCAACUACUGGGGAGCCGCAGUCGUCGAACCUCACGUGAGCUGAGUGGAUCGUGCCUCGUUGAGGAAAAAUACGCGAAUUCACCUCUGACGAGCACCGCGCUAGUGCCAGGGCAGAGUCCUGGCACUCGUUGCAAAAACCCAAGAGGCCGCCACUACCCUCUUGUCGAUCAUCCCGGCAGUGAACAUUCCCCCAACGAUCCCGCGCACGAGGAGUACAACUCUGGCGCGGUGUCGCACAACAGCCCUAGCGGGUCGCCUAGCAGCAUCAGUGUGGCGAUGAGUAAGACGCAGGAAUCCCACUACGGCAGCCUCGACAGCGACGCCCUCACCCCGGUCACGCGGUGUAAGCGGGCGCAGUGCUGGGAGGAAAACGGAACCUCUGCGGUGUUCCAAAACCCAGACGCCGUGCCACGCCCGCCAACGCCGGAGUUUGUGCGGAACGUCCUCGCUGCACUGGCGCGGAAUGCGCGGCAAGCGCGAGAUGCUCUCAACGAUGAGCAGGACACUGAUGCGGAGGAGCUGGCGGGUGUUCACAAGCCGCUUCCGCAUGUGUUAGAGAGCGAUCGGGCAGCCGCAGCAGAGGCGACCCCUUCUACGGAAAAGAGAAAGAAGAACAGCAGCCCGAUGCAGGACGAAGGCGUGUUGACCACGUUCGGGUUGAGGUUGGAGGCGGACAUCCGCGACGCGUUCGCGCAGCGUCGUGGGGCCAGCUAUGUAAUGGCCGAUGACGGCGGCGAUCUUUCACAGCCGAUGGCGACGAUGCCGGUGAAAAGCCAGGAGGGCUCUUCGAGCAAGGGCGACCGCGAUGACGGCUCUGUGGUACAGAAGGGCAACCUUGUGCCGGUCGCAACGGAUGCGAAGGCUACAGUGUCUCCUUCAUCGACUACCGCGGCGCGGAAUCGUCCACCGUUCCCAUGGGAAAUCGUUGGGGCGUCUUGCGGCCCACGAGUGGGAGAGACGAACGAGCUGAUUCCAUUGACGGUGGCUGUUGCGGAUGAGUGGGACGGCAGGGCACAAAAUCGCUCUACGCAACAUCGCGUGCGUGCGCCUUCUCCGCAUCCGAAAGCUCUGCGGCGUCAUCAGGACGACAACUCCGAGGAGUCCGCAUCUGUCUCGGCCGAUGAUGAACUCAGUCCACACCUAUCGCCGAGCAUGAACGACACGCGUUUAAUGAUAGCCGCGCUGGACAGCUCCCUGCCGAGUGGUGAGUUGGCCACCGCACAGUUGCAGAACGGCAUCCAAUUGCACCUGGUGGAUUCGCUUUCUGACAACUCGUCCAUGAACGUUGUGUCGCACAAAUCGGGUGUGUGA